UCAAUUUAAUUGGAUACUAGACUUUAAAAAGGUACAAUAACAAGGUGAUUUGUUUAAGUAAUAAUAUGUUUUUGUUAUCAAGACAUUUAAUGUCACACAUGAUAAAGGACAAAUAUUCUGGCCUACAUAGGUCAGUGAAAUUGUCAAAAUUUAAUACAACUUUCAAGCCAGUAAAGGAGCAGAAGUUGAACAUUUCAAACAGAUCAAAAUUUGUGGUAAGUUUAUUUUGUUUUGAAAUAACUCUUAGAAAUUAUUUUUCAAAUAAUUUAGGCUGCAUUUUGCAAUUGGCGGCAACACUUUUUAUGUGUAGCAUGUUAUCCUCCGCUCUUAGCAAUAGGCACCUUUGCUGGUUAUGCCAUGUAAGGAGAAUAGAGAAAGGCUCUAUUCCAAAGGAUCUGCUUUAUGGAGAGUUGCUACAGCUGGAAAGACUUAUUUAAUGGCCAUUGCUGCAAUUUAAGGACCUUUGUAAAAGGAACAUAAAGGAAGUCAACAUUGAAAUCAACAGAUUGGACAUCAUCACUGAACACCAUUGCAGCUGGUGAACAGCAGUAUACGAAGGAGUCAACCAGGCAGAAGAUGCAUGAAACAAAGCCCUUGAAACAAAAAGAGCAGUCAAAAGGCCAAAUUUAACCAGGAGCCAAGGUUCUCCUGCCAAAAGUGCAGCCAAGACUGCCAUUCCAGGAUCAGCCUCAUAAGCCAUUUGAGGUCGUCCUUAUGGUCUUACGAUUAAAUCUAAAUUAUUUUAAUGACUAAAAAUAUUCCAAACAAUAUCAUAUGUUUACUCAGAAUGACCUAGUGUGACCGUAUACUACUAAAGUUGAAUCAAUUUAAAGAUGCUCGGAGUCUUAAAAACAAUGAUGCAGAUUUUCUAUUAUCAAUAUUUUACAAAAUUCGAAGCAAUUUAAAAAUGAUAAAAUGUAUCUGCUUUUAUGCAAGUGUAAGUCUAAUCUUUUAUAUGUAAGUAUUUUUAUUUUAAAUUAUAAAUACAUUUAAUAUAAUUGUUAUAGAGAGCUUGUUUACAUCAUAUUUCUCGUGCGUGCCCUCUGAUUGACCCCGCAUGAGACGCUGUGUUCACAAAGGGGUGUGGCUUAGGCCUUUGAAGUAUCUUGUUUACAAUCUGCUUCCAAUUACGCCUUGGGUAUAAUGUCAUCGGGUAAUUUCUGGAAUAUACUCCUUAACCCGAGAUAUGUAAACAACACGUCAUAAGCCCUUCUGGAAGUUUCUUACUCUACAUAUAUAUAAGGGAUUGACAGGCACGACGAGAGAGAGACUGAGAUUUUCUUAUAGAUUCUCUUAACAUUACGAGGCGUGUUUUAUUCUUUGUGUAUUUGUGUGCUCCUACUUAUAUGUGUUUAUUUCGCAUUAUUUAUUGGCAUCAUUAUUUCUAAUUGUAUUAACUGUGUACCGGUACGACAUCUGCCAUACUGUAAGUUGAAGAUUGUAAUUUUAUUUUAUUUUAUUUUGUAAUUAUCUUAAGACAUAAUAAAUCUUAAUUAAUUGUAACUAGAAACUGUUUUGGGUCGUAUCCUUAAUAUUGUUGAUUAUAUGGUAUCAUCCUUUGUUAGGCACUGUUUACAACGAGCCAAUUAAAAUUAAAAUAGGAGAUUAAUUUCUCCCAAUACAAGUCAGUGCGUAACAAUAAUAAUUGAAGAAUUGUUUUAUCUGAAUGUGAGAGUAAGUUAAUUUAUCAUAUAGAAAUGAGAUUAGGCAUUCUUUACACUUUUUUUUAAUUGCAGUGCAGUGUAACUUUAGUCUUCAGUUAAAUCAUGAAUACCAGAAAAUGUCAGAAAUAAUAAUGUUUUUUACUCUAUUUUUGUAAGAAAUAAAUAUAAUUUUUUGCUUUUUAAAUUGUUCACUAAUGUUUUAAAACACCACCAAACUAAAGCUUUGUAUCUUUAACAUUUAAUAAGUUUUAUUUAUAUUUCACACAAAAAAUUUGCAUUCAUUGCAUCUAUAAAGGGAAAAAAAUAGGAACUUGACAUUUAAAUUAUGUUUAAAAGCCAUAAAAAAUGAAAAUCCUACGAAGUUGCAAUUAUUUCAUUUUAAAGUUAAUAUCUCCAUUCCCAAUUAAGUUAUAGAUUUGAACUGUGUUAUAGAUUUUAAUGCAAAUAUAUUUUUUAAAUUUACACAAAUUUAUGUUGAACUAUUUUUUAAAGAAAAAGAUCACGCUGUGUGAUAAAGGGGAGUGCGAGUGGGGCGUUAAAAUAUUAGUAUAGUUCAGCGGUGCGCAGAGGCGAGGAAAAUUGGGAAGAGGUUAAUUUCAAUUAUACUAUCACCAAGACCAAAAUGUUACAGAUUUGAACUUUCGUAAUUUCGAUUUAAUUUUAAAAAUAAAUAACCAUAAUCUUUAGAUCUAAAUAUACAGAAUUAGCUGUUGGGCAUAUUGUUUUUUUGUUACAGAAAAUUCAGUUCAAUGCAUGGUAAAAGGGGUGGGGGUGGGACAUAACAAUAUUUAUAUAGUUCAUUAGCGUGCAAAAUGUGUGGGAUGGUGUACAUAGUGGGUUAUCAUCCCCGUGUUUCUUUUAUUAAUGUUAUUAAAAAAAUUCUAAAAUAUUUGUGCAGGGAAGGGGAGGCUGCAAAUUUUUAAAAUUUUGCCCCAGGCAUCACAAGCAGCGAUUUGUAAAUUUAUUUUGCCCCAUGCAGCACAAAGCAUGUCUCAGAAUGAGUGGGUGCGUUUGAUAAAUAAUUUAUCAUUUAAACUUCUAAGGAAAAAAAAAUUCAGGGGAGGAAAUAGUGUAUGUAUGUUAAUAUUACAUAUAUUUAAACUGGUAAAUUUUUUUUUUAAAUUGAAGGACAUAAAUGUUCUUACAGUUUUUUUGUUUUUUUUAUUAAAUAUUAAAAUAUUAUCAUAUUAUAUAAUUAAUAUAUAAUAUUUAAAUCAUAAUAUUAAUAUUAAUGUAUAGUACAAAUUUAGUGAAAAUACAACUAAAAACACAAUCGUUUUACCUAUGUAUAAAUUUAAUAUUUAAAUAUAGAGCUUUUUUUUUUCAUAACUCAAAAAUGCAGUUUAGAUGCAUGAGCAAAGAUAAAUGAAGAUUUUAUUUAAAAAUAAGAAAAUAUUACUUUUUUUACUUUGUACAAAAUUCAGUCAUGGAACAUGUUUAUAGAUUUUCAUGAGACUAAUAAUAUUUCUAGAAAAAACUCUAGGAUCAAGGUGAAAAUCUGUGUUCAUUUUUAAUUAAGAUACUAAUAUUUCAUAAUCUGUUAUUGGGACGGAUAUUUAAAAUAUUACAUAGAUUUUUUUUUCAUUAAUUGUUUUUACAGUUUUUAGAAAUUUUGUUAUCUUUAUGUUUCAGUGUUGUUCAGGGGCAUGCAAAAGGUUUGGGGAGGCCUUUAUUAUGAAGAAGAUACAAAAUUAUCAAAAGCAAAUGAUUUGAGAAAUGUAAACAUAAAUAGAUAUAUACUUCUUUUAAAAUGAGGAAAGUCUGAUUUACUAUUUCCUAAUUAUACAUGUAAAGUAUGUGGUAAAUUGUCGUAAUUUUCUUUUCAGCAUGCACUACAUUAAACUCAUUUUAGUUAUAUUCAUAAAAGCUGGAAUUUAAGAUGUUGAUAAUUCGCAACAGCAAUUAGAAAGUUGCACAAUCUGCCUUCUGUUAUUAUCCCAUUACAUCGGGUCAUAUCGUCUAGUAUAUAUGUAUAAUUUAUAUAAUUAUCUAGGCCCAGCUGCCAUAUGAAAGGGGGGGGGGGGCAGGGCAUGGUCUGACCUUGUUCAGAUUUUUUUCUUCUUAAUAUUUAGGGGCGACAUUUUCAACCUGCCGCAGAGUUUGUUUGUGGAAGGGGGCGGAAAAUAUCUUGAGCCACACCUGCUGGCACUUAUUCUUGCUGCACCACUGUAUAAGCCUCAAAGUUUCAUAUAUUUACAUUUGUUGUUUAAUUCUUCAGGUGAUAUAAACUAAUUGUUCUAUCCUGUUAGAAAAUAAAUUGUGCUUGUAAUUUUCUUUUAAAAGUUAAGUGCACACAUUAUUUUGCUGUAUAAGCAUUUAUUAUUGCAGGAUCUUGGCACAUGCCCAUAGACAAGCAGUCACUAUUAUUUAACUACUUGUUCAUUUAAAAGUUGAAUGCUUGCAUCUAUUUUUAGUAAGCUAGUUCCUUUUCAGUUCAGUCCAUUAUCAACUAAUAGUGCUUAUUCAUCUUGAAAUCUUUCUAAAAUUGUCUUUAUGAAGUAUGUGAACUGCAGUUUAACUUAAGAAUUAAAAUAACAAGAGCCUCAUAGUUUGAUGAACUUGAUUUGUUAAUUGUUUAUGUUCUUGUAGAUCUGUCAUCAUUGUAAAUGUUUAACUUUAUACUCAUAUUGAAACUGUCUUUAAGACAGCACAUACGUUUAGAGAAAAACAAUGUUUUUGAAUAUCUCUGGUAAUUUAAAUGUUAUUAUAUAUCUAAGGUAAUAAAAUUUUGUCUAAACAAUUAUCUGGCAUUUCAUGUAAUGGUUGAAUAUCUGGCAGUUCAUAACCAUGUAGUUUCGGCAAUUGAAAAGCGAUAUAUCAUGCUAAUGCUAUAUUGUUGCAAUAUCUAUAAAUUGAUAUGUUAUCACAUGACAAUAUGUUAAUCAAUAUGUUUCUUUUAUGCAUAUUAGGUUUGUGUUGAAGGAAACAUUGGCUGUGGGAAGACAACUCUGCUGAACUACUUUAAAACUCAUUAUAACUUUGAGGUAACCAAUUUUCUUUUAUGAACUUUUAAAAUGCCCAGCAGUUCUUUAAAUGAAAGCUUACUUUUUGACAUUCAUAAUACAUCCCAAUUUAAAAGGUCUUUUAGUGUUUAAGAAAUAAUUAGAAAUAUUUAUAGUUUUAUCACAUAAAAGAGAAAAUAAAAAUACGAGAAAGAGAUUGACAUAGAGAAGAUGAUGUUGAGCUAAUGACAUGUACAUAAGAUGAUGUUGAGCUAAUGACAUGUACAUAAGAUGAUGUUGAGCUAAUGACAUGUACAUAAGAUGAUGUUGAGCUAAUGACAUGUACAUACUGUUGAAGUUAGACAGAUUUUUGCAAGUGUUUUUUUUUAAAAUUGUAUUUAAAGGUGCUGGCAGAGCCUGUAGAAAAAUGGAGAGAUGUUCAAGGAUUAAAUGCUCUUGUAAGUUUAAUUAACUAAACAUAGUUAUGUUCUUAAACAUUUUUGUUCCAUGGACUCCUUUGCAGUCGGGUGAAGACCAAGGACUGGCAAAGGAAAUGCAGCCCGCAGACACCAAGCUCCACCAUGGGCUCAAUCUGUGAACAACAUGUUGAUAUUUUAUACUUAUAGCACACAAUAUAAUGUAGAUCAGGAAGAAAAUAUUUUUUUUUCUUUGCAUAGUAACACACUUACACUGCCCUGUCAAAUAUAAUGUGGUGCACAUUUAAAAGUUUUUUAAAUUUUAUGCACCAUAUGUAAUAUUUCAAUGGGCAGAGCAAAACUUUCAAAUUAAUUAAAAGAUGUAAGUUUAAAAAUUAGUCGGUGGCUAGAUACUUUUUUUUCCCUAUAUUUUGAGGGCCUACGAUCAAUUCAUUGAGCAUUCUGGCUCCUGGUUUAAAUUCAGAGUUUGCCUUCUCUUAGAUGAGUUGCCUUCCAAGGCUGAUGAAUCCCAUCGACCCGGGGUGCUUGAGAUGUUAGCUUUUGGUGGGGAUUGAACUCCAGGCUAGCAGUCUAUUUGAAUUGAGUCAGUUUAGACAGCUCUGACACUUUUAUGUUUUGAAAUAAGUGUAUGUAACAAUAAUAAAAUAGUUAAAACUGUUCAAUGUCAAUUUCAUAAACAGGACCUUAUGUAUAAAGAUCCCCAAAGAUGGGGAAUGACAUUACAGACUUACAUACAGCUUACUAUGCUGCAAGCACAUAUCAAGGCACAGGUUUGGAGUUUGUUUUGUUUUUUUAAACACAUGAAUUGCAUGCUUUAUUGUUGGAGUUAAAUAAUCAUUGUAGCAAUACCCCUCAAUACAGCAAUAUCCCUCAGUACAGCAAUGCCCCACAAUCAUGAAAUGACAUUUGUAACAUAAAUUGAAAUAACUUAGGUUGGGGUUGCUGUAUGCCCCCACCCCUAAAGCUUUAUGAUUUUUACACAUCAUCUCAAACAUCACUACUCUCAUUUUCUAACAAAUUUUAAGCAAUAGAAAAUAAUUGUGUCUCUGUAUUAAAAUAAAAGCACCCUUGAACUUUGUUUCGUUGACAGACAAAUGUAGAGAAUUCAUCGUCUCAAUUCCCAAUCACAUUGAUGGAAAGAUCCAUCUACAGUGCCAAUCACUGCUUUGUUGAUAAUCUUUACCAGAGGUAAAAAAAACAAAAAACAAAAACCAUCAUACAUUAUGUAACCUUAUCAGCCUGUAGAAUUUUGUGAAUUUUUUCAACUGUAACUAAGAGUAAUUGACAUGCGCUCCCUGGAUAUUGGCGCUGUCUUGGAAUUUGAUUAACAUGUAUUGUCAUGAGCCAAAAAAAGAAAAGGCAACACUUCUGGGUUCAAGUGUCAACACAAUCAUAAAUACAUUUUUAUAUAACACGAAACACAAUACAAGCUCUUUUGGCAUUAUAAUAAUGUUGGUAAGCAAGUUAACACAAUUCAUGUUCUUAUAGUAUUGCUGUGUUAAAAUAAAUCAAGACUUAAAGAACACUACAAAUCAAUACACAACCAGUUCUUUCAGUAUUAUUUUCAAAUCUCAUAUCAGACAAUUGAUGUUCUUAUAACAUGACCAUGAAUCUACAGUAUAAUUAAUUAAUUGAAUUGAUGUCAUACUGACAUACAAAGAUCAUUCACAUUGAUGAUCAUAAAAUAAUUCCUGUAUUUACUCCUGUACAGUUUGCUCUAGUGCAAGGGUGGGCAAACUACACCCCGCUGGCCGUAUGUCCGGCAACAGAUAUUAUGCGGCCCUCGGAGGCAUUUAGAAAUUUUAAAAAAUGACUUUGUUUUUAAGUUAUUUUGUUGAUAUUUACAGAAUUUCAUGAACCAUUAUGAUUGUUUUAACAUUUUUUAUCAAAUUUCUUUCAAAUUUUCUAUUUUAUUCAACAGUCCUUGACUUUUGUCAUGUAAUACUAAAAUGAGAAUUUAUCGAUUUUAAUAUAGAGAAAUCUUUAUCGAAAUGUAAAAAUUGGACAUAAUAUACAUAUCCCCCCCCCUCCCCCCCCAAUAGCUUUACAUUUGUCAAUGUGGCCCUCCGCACAAAAAGUUUGCCCACCCCCACCACUGCACUAGUGGAUAAGUCAAGUCACACCCUUAGUUUGGGGUUGUCAAAGGGGGUAAUAGCGGUUGACCCACGGAUAGGUCACACUCUUAGUUUGGGAGGUUGCAUGUCUCUUUUUACUUUAAAUGUAAAUGUUUGUUAGACAUACACCUCUAAACGAUGUUGGGAUAACAACUUGAAAACUCAAAAGCAAUCUCCUUAAACCAGAUGAUCUUAAAUAUAGAACAUUUAGAGAAAAAAAUGAUAUAACAGAUUGCCCUCUGCUUUGAGCAUAAACAAGAGUGCAAGGAGAAAACUAUUCUAUUCUCUGACUUGUAGUAUAAAUGAAUUCUUCGCACUGAAUAACACUAAGCAAAAUUGAUGGGAAGUGUAUAGGUGGCACCCAUGAUUUUUAUCAAAUUUGUUGGUUAAAAAGCUGCAUCCUAGAGACAAGUACAUAUGGUAAAAUAGACGGCAUACAUUGGCAUUGUAUUCCUUUCAGGGGCAUCAUGCCAGAAUUUGAGCACAUCAUUCUGUCCGAGUGGUUCGACUGGAUUGUCAGCACUCAAGGCAUCCAGGUGCCGCUGUUUGGUGAGUUUUACCUAUAAACAUAAUAAUAUGACUAGUUGAUUUUGUAACUGUCACAUCAUAUGAUCAUAAUAAUAUGGCUAGUUGAGUUUGUAACUGUUACAUCUUAUGAUCAUAAUUAAAUGGCUAGUUGAGUUUGUAACUCUCGUAUAGGAAGUGCUGUCAUUUGGAAGUGCUGUCAUUUGGAGGUUCUGUCAGUUGGAGGUGCUAUCUGUUGGAGGUGCUGUCUGUUGGAGGUGCUGUCUGUUGGAGGUGCUGUCUGUUGGAGGUGCUGUCAGUUGGAGGUGCUGUCAGUUGGGGCUGCUUUCUUUUGGGGGUGCUGUCAGUUGGGGGUGAGGUCUGUGGUGCUAGGGAAUGACACAUGAGAAACACUGAAGCCCAUUUUGUUAUUGUCAAACCAUAACUCAUAAACCAUAACGCAUAAACCAUACCUCAUAAACCAUAACUCAUAAACCAUAACUCAUAAACCAUAAGUCAUCCAUAAAGCAACUCCUACCCCAGUCAAAAUUAAUUUUGAAGGGAUUAUAAGCUUGAAGUUUAAGCUUCAUUUUGACCAGUAUGCUCAGAAUACAUACUCAAUGCUUCCAAAUGAUGACAUCAUUUUGUAUGUGUGGGUGUGUGCAAACAACCAGGCAAAACCAGUUACAAAAUCAUGUACGCUCAGGACAGUUUGGAUGUUAGUAUCUGGAAAAUGUAAAAACAGGACAAAUUGUUUUAUUGGGCAUGUUGUGACCCACUCUGUCAUUCUUUCUAGUAUUCAGUGCCACUCUGUCAUUCUUUCUAGUAUUCAGUGCCACUCUGUCAUUGAUGCCAUUAAACACCUGAGCUUAAUUGUUUUUAAAAUUGACUAUUUGAAGAGCUCUUUUCAUCACACUUAUUAUUGAAUACUUUUUUUUAUAUAUUUUAAGAACUAGUGACUGAUCGGAAGUUUUGUCUUUCCAACUUUCAUCUUGUUGUCUCAUCCACAUUGAGGAAUCCUUUAAUUACUUUACCUUUUUUUGUGUUCUGUAGACAUUUUCUAUAAGACAUUCAGACCCUUUGAAAACUGUUUAUGAACAUAAUUUUUCAAAAUUUCAGUCUACAUCAGAACCGACCCCGAAGUAGUUUAUGAAAGAAUUAAAGAGAGAUGCAGAAGUGAAGAGCAGAGCAUCGAAUUGGUAAAAGAGUCUUAAGACUUUCAUUGAUAUUUAAGUUUACUACCCCAAAAAAAAUAAAUAAAUAGAAUUCUUGAUGAAUUUUCACUUAAAAUAAUUAUUCAUUUUAACUUUUAAUGAGUGCGUGGUGAGAAUAAAGUUUUCUCAAAUGGAGUUCAUCAAGAAAAAAUGUUAGAACAUUAGAGCCCACAAAAAAAAAAAGCAAAGAUUGUCUGCAUAUUAACCUUUUUACCACUCAGCAUCACAGAUAGUUUAACUGGUAUGUUUGAGAUGACAGGAUGAUCAAAUGUCUUCAGAUAGAGAUUUACAACACAUGGGCACAAAAACAAGGCUUUUUUCCUCCCCUUCUUCUUUAACUCAUUAGUGGUCUAAAUUUUUGCUUCCGGGGAAUCUUACCUGUAUCAUUCUUUUUCCCUCAGGAUUACCUGAGGACUAUCCACCAGCUGCAUGAGGAUUGGCUUAUUAAAAAUAAAAAGUAUUCAAGUCAGGAUGUUUUGGUAAGGACUAUGUAGAAUAAGUCCUACCCACAACUGAUAUAUAGACCUAAUCUAUAGUAGUUGUUGACAUAAGUCCUACCCACAACUGAUAUAUAGACCUAAUCUAUAGUAGUUGUUGACAUAAGUCCUACCCACAACUGAUAUGUAGGCCUAUCUAUAGUAGUAUUUAAUAUAAUAUAGAUAUUAUAUUAAAAUCUACCCACAACAGAUAUGUAUCUUUAAUGGUUGUUGAUAUAAGGAUUACCAGAAUAUUGUUGUUAAAACCACACGUCCAUAAAUGCACAUAUAAACUAAAAAAAAACAUGCUGUCACAACUCAACAAAGAGCAAGCCAAGAAAACACUCAUGGUGAUGCUACUUCCAACGAGUGCUUAUCUGUAAGUGGUGGAGUAAAAGUGGGGAUGGAUGUGAGACAAAAUGGAGUAAAUAAUGCAUGAACAUGGCAUGAACACUGCCCGAGUCGCCAUUUUGGGCACCGACUUUGUGUGCUGUUUGGGCAUCAUGUGAUAGUCUCGUUCAUAAUUGUCCAUGAAAAAUGCCGUACAGUGCUAAAAAUGUGCACGCGUUCUGAAACAUAGCUCUCAAACAAAAACAAAAUGUAUUAAAAAUGUAUGGUCAUAUUCUGAUUAGCUAGUAUCCUAGGUUAUUUUUAACCUGAGGUUCCAAUGUGUGUGUGUGUAUAUAUAUAUGUGUGUUAUUUUUAUAUAUAAGUAUAUAAUAUAUAUAUAUAUAUAUACAUAUAUAUAUAUACAUUUCUUAUAUCAUCACCCAUUCCACAUCAUAUUUAUUAAUUAGUUAACUACCGGUAUUAAAAAUGUUAUUUGACCCAGUUAUGAGAUUGUAAAUUUAAACCAUAGAUGACAUACAGCUGUGCAUGUUCUGAAGACAUUUCAUGACAUGUUUCAGGUGGUUGAUGGCAACAGAUCUCUGGAGGAAAUGCCUGUGAUAAUGGAUCAGCUUAAAGACAGAAUUUUCUGCCACCCUAAGUUUAUGAGUUUCUUUCUUGAGUAACUUCCUGAAAUCGAGGAAGCUGCUGCCUUGGAAUGUAACAGUGUUUCACUGCUGCCUUGGAAUGUAACAGUGUUCCACUGCUGCCUUGGAAGGUAACAAUGUUUCAGUGCUGCCUUGGAAUGUAACGGUGACAAUGUUUUUCUGCUGUGAUAUUCAAUGGACAAUAAUUUUUGGGCUAGUAUAUUAUCACAAUAAGACAGUGUCUUUAAAAUAAAUUAUCUUUAAUUUUUGUGUUAGCAAUCAGAAAUCACUUGAAUAUCGUGUAAUAAUAACAAUAAGCCAGCAAUGCUCUAAAAUAAAAAUAUUUUUUUAAAUCACUUUAUUUUUUCGAUCACAAUUUCCUUUUGUGCAAUAAUCGGCCUACGAUAUAAUGACCAAUGAAACUUUUAAUUGUGAUACUUUUUGUCAGCAUUGAAAGCACUGACUAAAAAAAACUGACAGGCUUAAAUGGAAAGAACCAAUGUGAAAUGAGUCUGAUUAAGAAGCCUAGUGGACCCCGUGGUGGUACACUUUCUAGUGGACCUGAUGGUUUACUAUGCCAAUAAACAAUGUAAGUUGAAGAUUGGCUUAGAUCACAAUUACCCUUAGUGGUAGAACAAGUCAUAAGUGAUGGUGGUGUCAGUUGGAGGUGCUGUUCUGAUGCAUGAAUCUCGUACCAGAAUGAUAUGCCCCUUUACCCACCCAUCACCUAAGCCCCCCCUACCACAUCCAACACCUAAGCCCCUCUACUCCAUCCAUCACUUAAGCCUCUACCCCACCCAUCACAUAAGCCCCUAUACCCCACCCAUCACCUAAGCCCCUCUACCCCAUCCAUCACAUAAGCCCCUCUACCCCACCCAGCACCUAAGCUCCUCUACUCCACCCAUCACAUAAGCCCCUCUACCCCACCCAGCACCUAAGCCCCUCUACCCCACCCAUCACAUAAGCCCCUCUACUCCCCCCCUCCCUUAACCCUCUACCCCACCCAUNCCAUCAUCUAAGCCCCUCUACUCCACCCAUCACAUAAGCCCCUCUACCCCACCCAUCACAUAAGCCCCUCCAUUCCACCCAUCACUUAAGCCUCUACCCCACCCAUCACCCAAGCCACUCUACCACACCCAUCACCUAAGCCCCUCUACUCCACCCACCACCUAAGCCCCUCUAACCCACCCCCCACCUAAGCCCCUCUACCACACCCUCCAUCUAAGCAACUCUAACACACCCCCCACCAAAGCCCCUCUACCACAUCCCACACCUAAGCCAGUUGCCCAAAGCCUUUUUUUUUCAUUUGGACGUGUAGAAUAUAUGAGAUGUUCAAGAUUUAAAAAAAAAAAAAACAGGUUGCUCUCCCCUGCUAUCUCUGGUUUAUUUAUUCCAGGAAGUUGUGAGAUUAUCGGGGAUUUGACUACUGAAAAACAUUCCUGGAGUCAAAAAAAAGAGAAUGCAUUUUUAAAAAUUAUUUGUCAAACAGUAACACACACAUAUUUAAAUACACUCUAUUCUUUUAUUUGUAACACACACAUGUGUAAUAAACUCUGUUUUUUAUUUGUAACUUGCACUUUUGUAAUAAACUCUGUUGUGUUAUAUGUAACACUUAUGUGUAAUAAAAUCUAUUAUAUGUAACACUGAUGUGUAAUAAACUGUUAAAUGUAGCACAAAUGUGUAAUAAACUCUCGUUAGUUAUAUGUAAUGUAAGACACAUUUGUUUAAUGAACUGCUUAAUGUGUGCUUUAUUCAAGGUCGAUG